AUGUCGGUCAUCCUGUGCACAGCUGGCUAUGAUCACACUAUCCGAUUCUGGGAAGCCUUGAGCGGCAUCUGCUCGAGGACCAUACCCCAUCCUGACUCGCAGGUCAACCGCCUCACCAUCUCCCCCGACAAGAGAUUUCUCGCGGCCGCUGGUCAUCACACAGUCAAGCUGUAUGACAUUAAGAGUACUAACCCGGCGGCGGUCUUGACCUUUGAAGGCCACACUGGCAAUAUUACUGGUGUGGCGUUUCACUGCGAGGGAAAGUGGAUGGUGACUUCGUCAGAAGAUGGCACCGUCAAGAUCUGGGACACUCGAAGCGGCCACAUUCAGCGAAACUACAGCCACGGCGUACCGGUCAACGAUGUCGUGAUCCAUCCCAACCAAGGAGAACUCAUCUCAUGCGAUCGAGGAGGCAACGUCCGCAUCUGGGACUUGGGUGAAAAUAAGUGCUCUCACCAGCUAGUUCCAGAGGAGGACAAGAGUGUCGCCUCAGUCACGGUGGCGACCGACGGCUCAUUGAUGUGCGCUGCUGUCAGCUCCAGCGUCAACGGCAAUGUAUUCGUCUGGCGUCUCAUCACUGUUCGGGAUGUGACGAGUCUCGUCCCAGUCACCAGAUUCAAGGCUCACGGCACAUACAUCACCCGCGUGCUCCUCUCUCCAGACGUGCGUAAGCUGGCUACAUGCUCUGCGGACCACACCGCCAGGAUCUGGACUGUCGACCUCGAGAACGUCAAGCCAAUCGACGAACAGGAGGAAACCGAGGAAGAAACCCUGAGUCGACAAGCUUCUGGCGAAGACCCCGGUGCAUUCCCUCUCGAGAACGAGCUUGAUGGCCACCAGCGCUGGGUCUGGGACUGCGCCUUCUCUGCCGAUUCCGCUUAUCUUGUAACCGCCUGCAGUGAUCAUUAUGCGCGACUCUGGGAAUUGGCGACCAAGAACAUCAUCCGGCAGUAUAAUGGACACCACCGAGGUGCAGUCUGCGUCGCAUUGAACGAUUACUCGGAGACUAGGUGA